GGAGGCAGCAGCAGAGCCAGACUGAGGUCCACCCUCCCGACGUGGGGCCCUGAGGGCUCCUGCUGGGUUUUGGUGAAUGACACCAGGCAUUCCAUGUCUUUCGAAAUCCCUGUGGGGCUGACUCACCUGAACUUUGUCCUUGGGGCAAAGAGCAGGUCCGCAGGCCCCGUGCCAGGCCAAAAAGGGAGCUGGUGUGAGCCGUGCUCUCUGCAGUGGAACCGCACAUUCGGCUAGAGGCCCAUCAGAGCACCAGAGAGGCCGGUGCCCCGCUCACCAUGCCAGCGGCCAAGGGGCAGGAUGUGCAGGUGUGGAAGAAAGUGUUUCAGGAAUUAAUUCAUGAGGUGAGACCAUGGCACCAAUGGACCCUGACACUAGACAACAGCCUAGUGCCCAACGACCUGCAACCAGGGUGGACCCAAUACCAGCAGCAGGUCUUUGCCAGGUUCACGUGCUCCUGGUGCUCUCGCAAUUGGGCCUCUGCCCAAGUUCAAGUCCUUUGCCACAUGCACUGGAACAAGAGGGAGUCCACGGGCCAAGUUAAGAUGAGGAUCUUUGCCCAGAGAUGUCAGAAGUGCUCAGAGCCUCCAUUUGAGGUCCCAGAGUUCACGGAAGAGAACGUCUCAAGGAUCCUGAACAACCUGGUGUUCCGAAUUCUGAAGAAAUGCUAUGGAGAACGAUUUAAGUCGAUGGAGGAUAUCCCUACACUCAAGGAUAUCUCUCUUAAGGGGCCACACGACACUGACAAUUGUGAGGCGUGUCUCCAGGGCUUUUGUGCUCAGUGUGAGUUAGAUCUAGUCAAACCAUCACCAAUGUCCCCUUCGCUUCCCACAAGAAGAGAUAGCACACCUACCUCUGGGGUUCCCAUCAAUAAACCUUCUCUCACAAGGAGCAGCACCACAGUGGAUGCAACGACAGGGCACACUGGGGUGAAGACAGGAGGGGGAGUGAUAAACCACGGGUUCCCUGAGCCCCCACAGGCUAAGAGUCCCAGAGCAAACACCAGCUGCCGGGCAGAGAGCAUCGUUGAGGUCUAUUCCCCAAGGGCGGGUUUGGAUUGCCACAGCACCCAGAAUGGCAGGCGCUGCAAUUUCAAAAUUUGCUGCUGUUCCAUCACUCUGAUCCUAAUCAUUGUCGUGGUGGUGGUAGUGGUGGUGGUUGUUAAAACCACUAUAUGAACCUCAAAAGCAUGGUGCCAAGUUUAAAAA